CGGGGGGCGGCUGCUGCUUCACGGAAGUGGAUUUAAAUCGAUCUCCGGCCUGAGGCCGCGGUGUGGCCUCGUGUUCCGGCCGCAGGGGGAGAGAGCUGCAGCGAGACACAGGAGGAAGCAAACUCGAUACAAAGUAAGAGGAAACUGAUACAAUGUAUCACCGAGAGAGGGAAACGGAGACAAAGUAACAGAAUCCAAGCAUAAAACAUGAUGUAAAACAACAGACAGAGAAUGACAGACAGGGUAACAAGGACAGGGACAUAGAGAGACCGGGGAGAGUGUGUGUGAGAGAGAGAGUGUGACAGACAGGGAGAGAGAGUGAAGGAGACACAGAAUGUGACAGGAACAGAAGGAAAAUGACCGAGGCAGACACAGGAACAGGGAGGGAUAGGAAAACUAAACAGCUAGAAACGAAGACACUGAGAGAUGGGGACAUAGAAAGAAAGACAGCCAGAGAUAGGGCGCGGGAGAGAGACCGAGACAGCAAGAAAGAGGGACAGAAAGUAUCUUAGUCAUAGCAGCGACUGAUAAGUAGCCCAGUCACUAACCAAACCCAUGGGAAAUUCCGGAGAAACCUUCCUCUCCCUAAACUUUGUUUAGAAAAUUAUUAGGACAUAUUUAAAAACAGUUCGAUUUGAAAUUUGCAAACUUCUUCCCACAGAGAUUGGGGAGAAUGGGAACAUGCUCCAAAUGUGGGUAACCAGUUGAAUGCUAUGGAUGGUGUUCAGAGUGAUGCAGCGAAGGAAGGAUGGCAGGGUGUAGUGACAACUUGUGGUGAACUAAGGACUGAUGAGGUUUGUGGGAAGCAGGCUCACUGAGAUGGAGCUGGUGGGCCGAAUGGCCUAUGGCUGAGCUGGAUGUUAGCUACAUUAGAGAAAUAAACUGUCACAAGAUUAAAAUAACUUGAGAGAAGCCAUUCAAUUGAUUGUGCCUGUCCUAGCUGCUUGAAAUAAUUUCCAAAUAAUCUCACUGUUAGCCUCCACUCAGGUUUCAUGCGGGAAAUCUAGUACCACUAUUGGAGUCAUCACAAAAGUUAAAAAGAUUUUAUAGAGGUACAGAGAAUUCUCUGAUUUUCCUAUUGUUUAGACCCAGGUCGACAGAAAGAACAGACCAGGUUUCUGCAAUUAAAAAGAAUCACUAUUUAUCAUAAAUAGACUCUAGCUACAGGUAAGUAGUCACAGGUGAGGUGCCGGAAGACUGGAGGUUGGCAAACGUGGUGCCACUGUUUAAGAAGGACGGUAAGGACAAGCCAGGGAACUAUAGACCGGUGAGCCUGACCUCGGUGGUGGGUAAGUUGUUGGAGGGAAUCCUGAGGGACAGGAUGUACAUGUAUUUGGAAAGGCAAGGACUAAUUAGGGUUAGUCAACAUGGCUUUGUGCGUGGGAAAUCAUGUCUCACAAAUUUGAUUGAAUUUUUUGAAGAAGUAACAAAGAAGAUUGAGGGCAGAACAGUAGAUGUGAUCUAUAUGGACUUCAGUAAGGCGUUUGACAAAGGUUCCCUAUGGGAGACUGAUUAGCAAGGUUAGAUCUCAUGGAAUACAGGGAGAAUUAGCCAUUACAAGAUAAUACAUGUCUUGGAAAGGGUGGAUGCUAGGAAAUUGUUUCCAUUAGGUGAGGAGACUAGGACCCGUGGACACAGCCUUAGAAUUAAAGGGGUUUAAAUUCAGAACAGAAAUGCAGAGACAUUUCUUCAGUCAGAGAGUGGUGGGCCUGUGGAAUUCAUUGCCGCAGAAUGCAGUGGAGGCCGGGACGCUAAAUGUCUUCAAGGCAGAGAUUGAUAAAUACUUGAUGUCACAAGGAAUUAAGGGCUACGGCGAGAAUGCGGGGUCUGGAGUCGAGGAUAAACUGGAACCAGAGCUUCUCCAGAAACAGGAGGGUGACUGACUGAAAGGCAAAGGAGUUAUGGCCCAAAGAGCCGCUUCUGUUGCUAAGGCUCUGGCCUGUGUGGUGACCCUCCUGGUGUCAAAGAGCAGAGGUCAGCUGAAACAAAGCUCCCGAUUUGGGAAUAAACCCUUUGUGACUGUUUGGAAUGCACCAACACAAGAUUGUGUCCGUCACUCAGUCAAUCUGGACCUCAGCAUGUUUGACAUAACAUCAUCUCCAAAUGAAGCCUUUUAUAACCAGAAUUUAACCAUCUUCUACAAAGAAAGGCUGGGUAAAUACCCUUAUUACCAGGGUCAGCAAGCAGUGAAUGGUGGUGUCCCACAGAACAGUAGCCUCCUGGAACACCUGACUGCAAUGGAGAGAGACAUUGAGCGUUAUAUGAAAUCACAGACCACCAAGGGUCUAGCAGUGAUCGACUGGGAGGAGUGGAGGCCUCUCUGGAUUCGGAAUUGGAAGGACAAGGAGAUUUACCGAAAUAAUUCCCGGCGUCUGGUGUCUGAGAAACACCCGGAUUGGCCUGAGAUUCAAGUCAACAGAGAGGCUCAGUUUGAGUUUGAACAAUCAGCGCAGAGGUUCAUGAUCGAGACUCUGCGGAAGGCGAGAAACUUCCGGCCACACAGUUUGUGGGGCUUCUAUCUGUUCCCCGACUGCUACAAUCACGACUAUAAGAAUAACAUGGUCAAUUACACGGGCCGCUGUCCAGACGUGGAGAUAUCCCGGAACGAGCUGCUGAGCUGGCUGUGGACCAACAGCACAGCAAUCUUCCCCUCCAUCUACCUGGACGUAAAGCUACAGUCCAGCAGCAGUGCCAUCAGGUUUGUCCGCUCCAGGAUCAAGGAGGCUCUGCGAGUGUCUGAGCUGCACAGUGCCAACUUCUCACUACCCGUGUUUGUGUACUCACAGCCAACCUAUAGUUACACCUUCAACCUGCUAACCCAGCGGGAUUUGCUGACGACCAUUGGAGAGACAGCAGCCCUGGGAGCAGCUGGAAUCAUUUUUUGGGGUGAUGCAGAUUACAGUAACAGUGAGAGGCACUGUAAGGUGUUAAGGAGGUACCUGGAAGGGCAUUUUGGUCGAUACAUCCUGAACGUGACAAUGGCUGCACAGUACUGCAGCCAGACGUUAUGCCAUGGCCAGGGUCGGUGUGAGCGCAGGGACAGUCAACCUGAUGCUUACCUUCACCUCAAUGCAAACAGCUUCCAGAUCCUGGAGCAGAAUGUGACUGAAGGGCCCAAGCUGCUGCUCACUGGAUCCUUGCGACCUGAUGACAUCAGGCAGUUCCGGGAGAAUUUCCAGUGCCGCUGUUAUCGGGGUUGGACAGGUCAAAGCUGCAGCACUGAGACCAGCGACUGCCAGCUCCCUCUGUCUUCUGCUCUGAAUCUCAUCAUAACUGUGCUGCUCUCUUUGACCAUCUAACAGUUCCUCUUUUCAAGCCAGGAUUGAUGUUUCUGAGAAGGGAAUUUGUUACAGUCAAAAGUUUUUCUGCCAAUCAUACGAUCCAAAGCUCCUGAACCUUUCUAGAUGGGAACAUUAUUUUUUAAGAUAUUGAACUUUAUAAAAAGACAUUGUUUGUUUGCUGGUGAACAAUUUCUGAGAUUUCUCCUGAUAUUUAUUGGAAAAGCAGCUGUGGUAGGUGUCGG